AUGCUCGUUAACUUCACAGGCCUUCCAGAAUUACAGCAUCUUCCUUGCCGCGCAACUAUGGCGCUGAAGAAGACUUUUCCUUUAAAUGUAGUUCUUGUGAUGAAUUUGGAACAAAACAACCCUCAGUGUGCACAGUCUGUUGUACGAAGACUGCACGAAGCUGGACACCACAUCACUUUGUUUGGUAAGAGGUUAAUAUACUUUUAAGUCUAAUGUAUUUCUGCGUAUUAUUUUCGUAUUUUUUACGUACGCGUUUUUACCGGUCUGUCUUGAAUCCCGAUCCCUGCUAGCAGUGGUCUCUCUCUCCUCGUCCUGAUGGUCUGAGACCUCUGCUGGCAGGGAAGAAUCCCGCCCGCCGAAUACCAGGAAAGAAGAGGCCACAGUGCUACUAAGCUUGGGACUCUAAGAGAAAACAGAAUGUAGCGAAGGGAAAUUUCAUUUUAUUUUGUAAUGACGUUGUUUUGGUACGUACGCAGUUGUUGUAUUGAAUUAAUUUUUCUCGGACCGGUGAGAUGUAAUUUAAUAGCACAGACUUUGAUGGUUUUUGUCCGGGUUUCGUCCUGCAAGCGUUUGUAAAGUUUCGAGCUGGGGAGCCAAGCGAUCCGUGUCUCAAAGGGCAGAAAUCGUAAGUUUCGAGCGACCCAGUAGCUAUGUGUUACCGACAGAGUGUGGAUAAAAUUUCCAAACCAAAACAAUCAUCAAUAGGACAAUUGCACGAUGACGUCAUUUUACUCCAACUACCAGAAUCCUUGAGUUUGUUGUUUUCUUGUGCAAAUUAAGGCUAUUGUUCUUUAAUUCUCAGCGGGAUUAACAAAUUAAAAUAACAAAGCAAAACCGAAAUGAAUUCUGUUAGUUGUAGUCAAACAUCAUCAUCGUGCAAUUGUCCUAUUAAAGACGCAGGCAACAAAAUUCUGAAUUCAUUAACAAACUCGUUUGACUAAAUAAUGCUUACGUCACCGCGUGGCUUAUGGGCUCACGAAAGUUUUUGUAGUUUUAUUGGUUAAUGGCAAAUUUCAAUAACAAAAGCAAUGUAUAACAAGACGCACGAGUGCGUGAACCCGGCCUUCUUUUAGUUCAUAAAAUGAUAGAGCACCGGAGGUAAAUGUGCACUAUGCAGUAAUGCACCACAACCCAUAUGAACUUUGAUGAUGAAUUGAUGAUGAAUAAAUGGAAAAAAAUGCUACCGGCUGGCAAAUCAGACUGGAAAUUAGACUCGAACGGUCCAAAGGGGUGUACUUGACCAUGACUGCAUAAUGCUUCAAAGUGGUGUUGCAGCUAGUUUUCUUUUUCUUCAAAUUAGCAUGAGCUUCAGUCACAAUCUUAGGUAGUAAACGAAUAUUAUUUUUGAGGGAAAAAUCUUUGAAAUAACACCCUAUAUGAAAAGGAAGAGAACAUAAUGGUUGGAAUAAUUAUGCCAGGAUUUUAAAUUUGUUCUGGUUGCUGAAGUGUUUAUUGUACAUGCUAAAUUACUACAAAAGAGUAGAAAACCCAGAUCUUUCCAUGAGUAAGAUCUUUAUUCAUAUUAUUGUCACUCUGAUACAGGUACUACCUCAAAGACAAACUACCGGCAUCUUCUUUUAGUUAAUUCAUCUUCAGAAAACUUCGAAAAGUGUUGCUGCACUUAUCGUUUGAUUUGGGAUCAAGUUCAUCUUCUCUGAUAAAAAAGGAAAUAAAUAAAGAAAAUUCAUAUGUCAAUAUUUCAUUGCCUUGUUAUUGAUUCAACAACAAGCAAAGAAGUAACCACAGAAAACCCAAACCUAUACCCUUGUGUGCCUCGUUGAGGAUAAUCCCAAAACCAACUCAAAAUACAGAAUAUUAUAAUCGAUUUGUCGAUCCUUUUAAUUGCAAGUUGGAAUGUACAAUAGCUGAACACAGCAGAGAGAAACAUUUCUAGCAUAGAUAGCUUUGAAACUUCUAAUAAUGUUGGAUCGAUCAAAAUGGAGUUUUGCAAGAUCGAAAGUCGAUAGUAAGCGAUCGCCCAUUUUUUAAAAAGUUAUAAGCUUCCAUGUAAUCUUUGAGUUAAUUUAACAGUGAGAUGUUAAAAUCAUGUCGAAUUUUAGCAUCAAACAACUCUACGUGCUUUGCAAACCUGCCGCUUCCGUGCGAGCUUGAUAGAAGUUUAUCCAUAUAUGCCAAAAAAAGUCAAAGAAUAUUUCUUUCCAUCGAUAUAGUAAGUUUCUGUUUUUAUACCGCCGCGAUGCACGAGACUUGGACCAAGCACAAACUUCUGCGAUGAACAGACAGAUUUGUUUGUUUUGAUGAAUGAAAAUUAAUGCACCGAAUCGGUAAUUUACCGCCACUUUCCUGCAACUAGGCGCAAACUAUGCUACAUUACUAAAUCAAAGCAAUUUCUCUGCUUUUAAAUUUUCUAACGUGUCUUACUGUUUUGCGAUAAAAGCUAUAAAGCAUAAAAUUUCUAAGGUGUUUACAGUGAACUUGUGUGUUUGUACAGAUCAAACAGUCAAGUUGUACAAUUUGGCACAAAAACGGUCCAUACGUUUAUAUAAAACUGCUUCUUCCUUGCACCUCGGUACACGCUUACUCGCCAAAACAAAGCCCAGUAGUGUUUCUUCAACUGCUGUAUAAAUUCUCGUGACUUGCACUAAACAUAAAAAGUGAACAUUACCCACCUUUUUAGCAUGUCUUCUUCUCGCAACCAGCGCCGAUCGCAACGCCGAUCUCGAUUAAACGGAUCCAGCCACUAGUGUGUUUGUCUGACAGUUCCGGGAUACAUUAUCCUCUAGACAACAAAUAUCACUAAACAUUUCGACCAAAAUAAUUGUCGAUCUCUCAUAGGGGCAACAAAACCACAACGUUAACGCUAAGGACCGACAAAAAAAGCUGCCUUUUGUUCUCGACAACAUCUCAAGUUGAUUUUGCCUCUAAGCCAAUGAAUUUGCCGGAAAUCGAUCACGUGAUAAUCCGCCAGUACAGGCAUGCGCUUUAAAGACUAGAGGGCGAUUCGACGACGAAGGAAAAACCAAGCCCAGAACUAUACCUGUCUCUUCCUGAAAGGAAGGCCGGGUAAUAAUAAACAUCUAAUUAUUGAUUCUUGACCCCCUCUCAACAUUGCCACCAAGGACCUAAAAACGGCUGUCUCAUCAUUAGUUCAGGCCUGACAAAAAUACCCUUAAUUAGCUUAUACUGGACUGUUAUGCCAUGAAAGGAUUUUUACUGUUUGUAGUUAGUAUUAUUAUUGCUUUACAUUUAUGUUGACUUGGGUCACAUUCUUGAGUGGGGCUUCAAUUUAGCUUCCAAGAAAUUUGCUUUCUUAUUUGAAAGAGCUUUCGUUGCACGUUACCUGCAUACAGUAUAUGCCUCAGUGAAGACAUUUAAGCAAUAUAUGACGAAUGUAGCGGCUCCUUCUGAUUUCACAUGAAUUUAUCUGACUGGAUUUGCUAAAACAUGGCUAUAGAAAUUUCCCUCAUAUACCUUUACCGAGUCUUGCUUUUCAUAAUUUCCCAUAAACAUUUCUGUACAUCAGUGUGAAAUCAGUGCACGCAUUAGAGUGAACUCAUAGUAGUGGGUUGUCUUAGAGCUUUUAUAUAGCUGCCUUGAGCAAAGUUUUCCCGAAGGCAUCAUUAAGCCUUAUAAAAGAACAAGUCUCUCAAUUGGCAAAGUCUGCUGCAUCCAAUAUCUUAUCGCAUUUCAUCUCAUUUGGCUACAUGGGUGAAAAGCUGGUCCUGGGCUCGAGACGGAAAGAUUGGAUAUUUCGAGCUUUGUUGUUGGCAGUAAAAAGUCUUCAACCUCACGGUAGGUUCCAGGGGUGAAAUCUACAGAGUGAGAUGGAAAUUGAUGCUGAUUUCCGAACAGGCCAAAGACGUAGUUAAAAAUUGUUUGGAAGGCUGUGGGGCUCCAUGUCUCCUUUUCAACUGCUGGUUUACAUCUGGGAUAGUGAAUUAAAAUAGACUGUGUGAGUGCAGUUGAGAAAUGUUUCUAUGCAACCAUUUAUGUGGAGAAAGCUAGACUUUUGGGAGUAAUUUGACAAUGUUUCACCUUUGUUAAAUGUGGAAAUAUUAUGAAUGGUUGUUGGAAGUGUUGUGAGAUUUAGCGAAGGCGUUGACAGACUAAACUCAGGUAUGUGGUUGAGCUCGUGUUACCAGAAUCCUUUGUGCCAAGCAUAAAAACACUUCAUGAGUGUUUAGUUGAGGUGAUUUUGUCUUAGAAGCCCUAGCUAUUCUGUGCUCAAAGAUUGGAUUCUUAAUCUGUUUUCAACAGACGCUUCACUAUGGGCCUCAUGGUUUGACUGACUAAAAGGUUAUAGUUUCUGGAUGUUUCAAAUGUUGUUUAUUUCUUCUCAAAAUCCUGUUACUUAUGCGACAGCAAUUAGCUAUCUGUUACCAGCAAUAAAUUGUCUGAUUGUUAAAUCCACUAGUGACUUUUAACUGCUUUCCAUUCGACUUAGAUGACAAGUUGUUAAAAUGCACGGGAAAUUUCUUUAGCCAUGUUUUAACAAAUUCAGAAAGAUAUAUAAAACAUGAAACAUCAUUAUUCAAGAUACAGGCAGCAAUUUAUUAACCAAUGCCACAUUCUGAUAAUUAAUUAUAACUUACCUGAGCCUGCUGUACAAAUAUUAUUGGAGUGCUUAGUUGUUAUUAAAACAAUAAAACAUUUUUCUCUACUCUAUUUUAGCUUGCUCUUCUAAGGGAAGACUAGCACUCAUCCCUAUUCUGAAACACCCAUUGUCACCGAUGACGGGAAGUGUUUCUCAAAAACCUGAGGACAUGCUGAGAGACAAAAUAUGUGAGGCGGAUGCUGUUAUUCUUAUCACUGACUAUCAUGUGUAUGAGGUCCCAGAAAACUUGAAGUGUGUUGUGGAACACUUGGAUGGCCAUAUUUGCUCUUGGAUAUGGUAUGGACUUACUUGUUCACUCCUUGGAGGCAUGGUACAUGACAGACAAGUUGCCAUUCAGAUCAGAUGGCUUCUUGAAGACUCACAAAAUUUAAUUGUGGGAAGAAUUCUUCCUCAGCCACGGUACUUUGACUUGUUGUACAGUGUUGAUCCAAUGCUGGAAACAGCUGAACCAUGUGUUUUAUGA